CCAGGCUGCUAGCAUGACCCGGCCUCUGCCGCUGCUGCUGCCCGUGGUGCUCGUGGCAGCGGCCGCCUCGGGCGCGCGCUGCCCGCAGGACCAGGACCGCUGGGACGCGAGCAACAAGGCGCUCACCUCGUCGCUCGUCUUCCAGGGCCGGCUGCUGUCCAAGUCGGUGGACGCGGCGGGCAACCUCCUGGCGCGCUUCCGCGUCCAGAAGGUGCUCAAGCCCAUGCCGACGGCGACGUUGCGACGCCGCCAAGAGGUGGUCGUCGCCCUGGUCAAGAGCCGGCCGCCGCCCACGCCGCAACACCUCAACCGCUCCGCGUCGCCGCGCGCCCCGCGUCGCGACGCGCUCAACAACGAGGCUCUGGCACCCCGCCGGCGGACCUUGUGCCCCGUGUCCGUGCCGCAGGGAUUCGUGUUCAACGCACGUUACCUCGUCUACGCCAACCCCAUCGCCGGCCGCGCGGCACGACGGCUGCUGCUGCCGGCGGCGGCGAACUUCUCGGCGGCCGCCACGCCUGACCACUACACGCGCCGCGCCGGACGCGCCGUCAAGAAGGUCGUCUGCAACGGAUGCGUGCUAAAGCCGGCGCAGGCCAAGUGGUUGCGGUCCACAUCGCGGGUGGACGCGUACCGGCGGUUACAACUGCGCUGCAAGCUCAACGGGAACCCCAUCCCCUGGGUGCAGUGGUACUUCAUGGGCAAGCCUGUCACGCCCAACUCCAGGGUGCACAUCGUCACCAAAUGGCGCCGGUCUCGGCUGGAGAUCAAGAGCGCCCGGCGGCAGGACUCGGGCCUGUACGAGUGCCGGGCGUGGAACGUGCUGCGCAAGGAGCCAUCCACGGUCUCCGUGAGCGUGUCGGUGCGUGACCGCUACCCACCGCCACCACCCACGCCGGAGCCCACACGGGCCACAGCGUCCACCACGACCAACGACUCUACACUAUGGCCCUUGAAAGGACGGCCCUGCCCGCUGGCCUCCUACUGCCUCAACGGAGGGACUUGCAUCUUCUACGAGGCCGUCAAGGAGCCCGUCUGCCAAUGUGCAGAAGGAUUUAUUGGGCAGCGUUGUGAAAACAAGGACACUGCGUCACUGAAAACAGCGCCUCCUGAAUUCGAUACGACGAUCCAAAUGAUGCAGUCCUACUGGAUCCGAUAGGCGUCGCCUGCUCUAGGAAACUAUUUAUACAUAUAUAUAUAUAUAAAUAUAUAUAUGAGACGGUGUAUGUACAUAGGCUAUUUAAAACAAGCAACAAAAGAUUCGCUGGAGAAAGAAGAGCCAACGAAAAAUCAAAACGCUUCGAAAUGAACAGAUGUGGAAGCAAUGAUUGAACCAUGAACAUCGUCCUUACAGGCAGGGAGUCAUGCUUAUAUAGUAUUUGUGGCCAUUAUUAUGGGGGUGGUGCUAUUCCUGGAAAACUGCUUCCUCGUAGCCUGGACUGUCAAAAGGCACAUGAAAACUCACAAGAAAAGGCGGCCAUGGGCCACAUCUGAGCAGACACCUAAAUGUACCCAAAAGGUCGUCAAGCUGCCAGCAAUGGCUGGCCAUUCAGUAGUUCCAAGAGUGUGUGACGGUGCCAUCUCUGACAAGCAAGCCUCCCAGAAACUGCAUAGAGGUGUUUUGCCAUGCAGCUGCAACAGCAAACAACUCGGAGACCCACAACCAAUGUCUCACCAGUCAAGGGGCAGAAGAAUACAAAGUUGUCAUCAACAGUGAUGGGGAACCGGACCAGUCUAUUGCUGGCAGCUCAAUGACAGCCACAAGCGGAGCAUUCCAGUGCCAUUCGUGCAGUUCGGCAGUUCAAGAGCUUAGACUCAUGUGCCAGGACAAGUCUUUUUGACGAAGAACUUGAGCAUCAUGUGCGAAACGUUGUCAGCGAAGUACAGCAUGCGUUUGUCCAUGCCAGUACCAAAGAAAUAACUUGAACAGCACACUACAUUUUUUUUUUUGUUGUUGUCCUUGUCAUCAAAAGCUGUGCCUCGCUGACGACGUCCGUGACUCCCCCAUACCCAACCCCCUGCCAUACCCCCAACCAACGGUGGCAGUUUGUUUCCGGGCAGAGUUGAGGGUGGCCACAUCAGCUCUCGACAAAAAUGGAUUGUGCUUCAGCAGUUUCCUUGUUCUCUCUUCUCGAAUCAUGCCAUUCCUGCAUUUAUUACUGUCGUGUGUUUUUGUUUGUGCAGAGUAUCUUUGCAACAUGCUGAACAAGUGAACUGCAGUUGCUUUUUUUUAUUAGUUUAGAUGCAUACUCCCUCGCUAUCUGAGAUGCAAUGAAUUCUGCAUGCAUCGUAUUGCCUGAAGCAACAGGCAGUGGUGUAUUGUGGACUCUAUAUUUAUUUUGGAGAAUUCAGCAACUCAUCGAGCUGGGGAUGUGACUUGCAUUUUGGGAAAGCAUUGUGUUAGAUCUUUACCUCAGUAAUGUUUGGUCACAUCACCUUGAUGUGGCAAAAAAAAAAUGCUUGCAGUCGUUAGUUUUAGCACAGCUUUGUGCCGACUGCAUGUUGCUCGCUCGUGCUGUGUUGUGAUUUUCCUUUUUUUAACUUAUGAGUGAUGCGUGUCUGACAGGCUUUUGUACUUAUGUGGGCCUAAUGUACUGACUGAACAUGUCUCUCGUCUGAGAGACUCUAUGGCUGUUUGAACUACUCGCUAUAGUUGUUGCAUGUGUACACUACUGCCAUAGUCUCUCGGUGGCAUCUUCUCUGGUUACUGAUGGCUUUAGAAGUGCUGAAGAAACAUUUUCACGAGCACGAGUCUGUAAGCGCAGUUACGUUUUAAGCCUGCUAUCUGCUGGACAGCAUUUUAUUCUCUGGCAUAAGAAAUGCUGCUUACAGUUCUCACACACAUUGACAUUACUCUUUCUAAAUGUUGGCAGCCAACACAAAAAGGGGUCCUGCAUGUGGUGGUAACGAGUUAACAUAUUGUUCUCCAAAUACACUCGCAAAAAAGAAAUUUCUUGGAUAACACAAAUUACUGGCUACUUGCACUAAAUCAAAACACAUGCCAUUUCAGUCAUUGCACAAACAACAGAGAGAGCUGUAAUAACGUACAAGGCCCCAACACCUAAUGAAACAAGUUUUGACUGAGAUAUCCGACUUGAAGAGAUGCAACUACAUAUUAUAUAUAAAGAAAUGGAACAUUAGCGGUAAACGAAUAGUGACUAAUACGAAGCCUUAAAACCAUUUAACUGAAACACUAGUGGUAGGAGCUUCAUCAUGUCAUCGCUUUUGUUCAGCAAGCAACCUGCACGUCUUUCAGCAGAACUGUAUUCGGAAGAAAAUCAGGAAGUUGACGAGAAAAAUAGUGUCGCACUGUUAAGCUGCCUGUAGCAUGUUAACAAAACUGGCUACAAGUACUGAACAGUGAACAUUUUCAAUCACAUUGAAUACAAAUAUCAGAAAAAUAGAGACUUUGAAAUUUGAAUUUUUUUCUGCUUGAAAAACAGAAAAGGAAGCACAGGGAAGAAGUUUGGCAAAAAGUGAAAUUUUUUCCCUUUCGAUACACACUAUGCUAGGCCCCAUCUGGAAUUUCACUAUGAUAAGCAGGUUGUAAAUAAGCAAGACACAGAAGGUCAGCACUGCAUGUGCUGGUUGGCUUUGCAGCGGGCACUCAAAGCAGCUGGUAGACCCAAGCAAGGACAUGUUUUUAUUGCAAGCAAGUUCCAAUAAUUGUAACUCCGCACAUUUGGCCAUAACAAAAUAUCUGAAGAAAUCAAAUAUCAACAUGUAAAAUCGUUUGCUUCGGUUCCAAACAGAAGCCUUAUCAUUAGGUCAUGGUCAUCCGUCUGGCAUGACGUAGACAGCAUGAGACUCCAUGGACUGACUGGACCAUUUAUGCAGUUCCAUAAGUUGGCUGCCCUGCACAACUUCACAGCCACAAAGAACUUUCCUGAACUGGGUACAUUAUUGAUGGACUGCUCAAGGGAAAGCACUCUGCCACUAUCGACGUGCCUCAGUCAGAUAUUUUUUUUCUUCGUGUACUGAGCUAGAAAACUGGGUGCUGUUGCAGUUCUAUCUCCUAAGCACGCAUCUUCCUGAGCUAGGUUGCUCAGCACAAAUUGGUGUUCGAGGUGGCCAGUGACGGGUCAGAGUUAAAGAGUUCAUGGCUUAUAGAAGCCAAAUGGCAUUCACCAUUAGCUUUUGAUAAUAAAUGUAAAAGUGGGUCUGGGACAAGAGUUUUUGGUGGCAGUAGAGCAGCCACCUUACUAAAUUUCAGAGCAGCCAACUUGCAGAACUUUACAGAAACGUCCAGAAUGGUCACAAAAUUAGGUACUUGCCAGUAACUUCUACUCUGAUACCUAAAAAAAUGUCACUGAAUGCUAUAACACAACAAGAAGAGAGGCCAAAAUGCUUACCUUCUGAAAUUCCCACUGAAUAUAAGCUUCAGUGUAUUUGCGAAAGGAGCAAUUAUUCAAUCUCACUAAGGUCUAAGAACUGCUAUAGUCGUUCAGUCCAACAGUGUGUCUGGUAACUGCAAGAUGUUAAACAGAUAUCCCAGCUGUUUCCAAAUCUGCCAUGCAAUACAAAACAACUGAAUCACACUUUAUUUGCAGCUUAUUUCAGCAUGCAUGACCCCUAAGGAAUUUAGUUUAAAUGCUGCCUACUAGAGUGUAGCCUCUUCUAAGAGAGCUCUCGUGAAUGAUGUACCUGGCUGAAGAUCUAUGUGGGGCAAAUUCUUUUAUGAAAAAAUCUGAGUAAUCAGCUGCAGAAUAUAUAUAAAAGAAAUACAGGUGUCCCUUGGGUCCUACAAAGGUAAGCUGUAUUAAAAUAAUUUCACUUUAAACAAGGCAGGGAUUUGGAAGCCACUGAGGGACUCUGCUACUGCCAAAGUGGGUACAAGAUAGGCUUCUAGAGCCACACGGUGGAAAUGCUGCAAGCUUUUAGACUGCUGUUUAUGAGAAAGCAUAGUAUUGUGUCAAGGUAUCGUGUCCAGCAUGUUUGUGGCCUCAACCAUCACAAUGCAAUGCAGUGUUCACUUUACUUUUUUUUUGUGCAUUGUGCUUCAGAAGAAAAAAUUAACUGUUAAAAAUGCUUACAUCAUGACCUACAUUUAAUAAGAAAUGUGCCCUUCAUUGUAACUGCAGUAAGCUCUCAUAACAACCAAAGACUGUGUUGACCAGUUCUGCAAAGUGUUUUUGCUGACGUGGCAAGAUAAGUAAACCAACCCGAAGGUUGAAACAGCUAAGCAUAUUCAACAUACACAAAUGCUUGAGCAACAGUAUGAGCAAUAGAACAACCCCUUCUUUCUUGUGGGACCUCCGGUUAUAGUGCAAUAGGCUUUGGGGUCCCUUUCACACAACUCGGCCAGUGCUCUUUCUUACACCUUGAUCUCAUUAGUUCAUUGUGUCUAUGUAAUGUAGUAGUGUGUCCUCCCGAUUAGUCAGUUGAUACAUACACAGACAGCAGCAGCAGCAGCUCAGCUUGUUUUCAAGUGCGAAGUAUGCCCACCGGCUUUGUGGUCACACACAUUGGUUCAGUCACAAGAAUCAUUGCAAGUCAUUUCAGACAGCUUUUGCCUUCAUUACUACCGUUGUUCCUAAACUUUGCUGAUGACUUCAUUUGUAUCUAAGCUAUUCUCAUUUCUUCAACCGAGCAACACCACUGUUCGAGCUUUGAUGCGAGUCACUGUUUGUAAAUGCUUUUGAUUGCUUGUGAUGAUUAUGCAGCAGCUUUGUAUGCUUCAUCGAAGGUGCUGAGUGAGUUUGGAAAGAAAAGGUUCAGAAUUAUAGGAGUGUUUUUUAUGGAGAUUCCACAGCUGCCAGCGUGCAUUUGAAGCGGUUGUAAAUAGAGUGAUGCAGUUUGGUUCUUGUACAUAGUUUUUUUUUCCCGAGACAGUAACAAUACAAAUACAAGUUACAGUGUUAGACUGUUGAACAUAAGCGUGCAAGGGGAACUGAAAACAUUAAGGCCUUAUUGCACAAAACUUUGCACAAGUGAAAUGAGCGUCAGUGCACAUUAAAUUUUAAAAGGUGGAUCUGCUCAGAAAUUUAGUUGCAGAAAUAUGUGCAACAAAUUUGACAAAAUCCUCGGCCUGUGCCUAACAAACGGCGCAACAUGUAAACCACACCAAGAUCAUUACAUAAAAGCCGUGUCGACUGCGAGUAGUUGAUAAAGAAGCAAUGAAAAUGUUCUACGGAAUACAGGGUGCCAACUUCUCGUUACUCUGCCUUCCAAACUGGUUUGGGCUUUCUUCCCUUUUUUUUUCUUACACAAGUCAAUGUAAGCACAAGCCUUAAAACUGUGUUAGCUAAAAGGAAAGAGCGCCAUUAAUCUUCUGCACACAAAAAAGAUAUAUUUUAAGCAACACAAAUGCUGCCCUUGAAGUUCCACAAGAACCGCUUGUGCAUACCAAGAGUGACUGUACCUUUCAAGUCUGAAUGACAUGCUGCCUCUGCCUACAUUCUAACGUUGUAGUGUCAGCAGAUGAGGACAUGUUACAAGGACAAGAGUGCCUAAAAGGAGUCAAUGAAGCACCAUGAAAGAUCACUUCCAAAAAACGCAAUGCAUUGUUGAUGUUCAAAUGUAAUCUUGUGCUUAACCAGUCAACGGUCCCUCGUAACAUGUCAGACUUUCAGCUGGCUGUGUUAAAUGCUCCUGAACUACAGUUGGGGCUAAAUUAGAACAUUGCGAAAGAAGUCAAUGACACAUGUAGCCGCCACAGAGAACACUGCUGAAAAGUGACACAUUCUUAAAAUUGACAUUUUAAGAGUAAAUUAGCCUACCAAGCGGCCCUGAAAAAUUGUUAUUUUGGGCAGGGCCAGGUUUCAUUCUCGAGCCAAACGCAAAAGUAGCGAAUAACUUCAGCAGGCAAUUACGCUCCCAUGCUGACAACAAGGUGUGGCGUAGAGGUAGCAUUUAAUGUAAUCACAAAGACAAAUAGCAAGAAAGGAUGUUUGGAUGUUACAAUAGCACAGAGCAGUAAAAUAUUUUGAUGUCUUCAAAAUGGAACAUUCAUGGAAAAAAAAAGUACAGCGAGGAAGGGGAGAGGGAGAAAGGAAGGCUCAACUCUUGGGUUUCACACGCAUAUGUAUUGCAUAAGUGGCCCACAAUUUGCAGCUUUUUAUUUUACUCACAGUAAGAUAGCAACUGAACAACAGGCCCAGUUGUUUGCCCAACUUUCCUAGGGCACUGUUUCUGAAAAUCUGUGUGCGCGACACUAAAAACAACAAAAAAAACUUUAAGAUCUGAGCAGUUCCAACACAAAGCAUUGUAUUUGUGAGCUCAGGGAGCAUGGGAACACUGCCUUCAUUGUUGGUAUUGUGUAGGGAGACUUGCUAUACUCUGCCAGAAAAUACUGCGCAACUACUUUCGGUAGACAGAGUAUUGUUUUAAAGUCAACAACUCUGGUGUUUCGAGUUUUUAAACCUGUUUCAGAAUGUGUGCGAGUCCUGAAAGGCAGCUCUCGAUCUGUGCUGCUUUUACUGCGUGACAAAUGGAAAGACCGCAUUCACACCAUUGCAUUUUCUUUCAUUUGUUUUACAUUUCAAAGCACACUAUGUUGCAUUUUUACUCCCUUUACUAGCAGAGUGGCAUACACUAAAACAGAAAUGUUGUGAAGUGGUGCUGUCCCCUACUUCGUUGUUUUAAAAAAAAAUUUUUUUUUCAGAUAUCAUCACCUACACUUGUUACAAUAUGAAAAAAAAAGUGUCAUUCACUGGAAACGUGUGCCAUAUGUUUCAUAGCACAUUCGGAUGCAUUUUAUUUAUUAAUAAAAUAAAAGUCGGUUA